CUGCCUGGGAUACAAGCAACUGAAAGAUACAGGGAGAACAGUACUAGGUAGUAGGUCCGCUUUAUCCCCAAUAAUUUAAUCAUGUGAGUGAUCAAAUAAGCCUUUUUUUAUCAAGAUGGAGUCGGUUUUUCAGGGGACGUAGUUGAUACCGAGGCACCGUGCAGGCUGCUUACGAGAAGGAAUGCACAGAGGUAGUCAUUUUCCCGGUCUGGGGUGGUCGGAGGAACGGCCCCCGCAAUGAGAGCCGCUAACGUUAGAUAUCUAGCGAAAGAGAAGGACUUCCUGAUGAUAUUUCCAAAAUAAGAAAAGCUCCGACGAGAGAGUGGUUAAUUUGGUUGAAUUGACAUGGUACCUUCAUUGAUACACUUAAAUUUCUCACAAAGGAAGACAUGAGGGGUCUCUUGGUAUGUUGCAACGAUUCGUAGUAUUUAUUUUAUAAAUACGCAAGACCGACACACCUACUGCUUUUACUUUGAAGGGAAAACGACCGUGUUCCCAGCGCACCGGUUGUUAGCACUUGUUAGCUUGACACGUACAAGAAGGGGUGAAGUUACCAGCCUUGAACCAAAACAAGACUUUACAUCCUGUGGUGGACAACGCCGCCUCGGAGUCAAUGGGACCUUCCUCGUCUCACGGUGUUUUUUGAGUCAAAUGCCUUUUAAACCGGAGUGUCCGUCGUUGGUUUGAAUUUGGAUCCCCGGUGGAAAUUACGGUGUGCCGUGGAAGAUCAACAUGCACUCUCCAACGACAAACAAGAAGAAGCUCUUGUAGCUGGAGGAGGAACGCCUGCCCUAACUUUUCCUCCUCCUCUUCCGGCCCCCCCCCCGGAUCAAUGACGGGACCCAACUCCCCGAGCCGCUCCGGCACGUCUCCGGCCAAGCUGAGCAGGCAUGGCCGGUCCAAGAGCAGCAGCUCGCACUGCCUCCUCCGCUGCAGCACCACCCAGGACGAUUCCUCCACCUCUCCCCCCAACAACGGCUCCCGGUCCCCUGGGGAGGAAGAGGAGAAGGACGGAGGGGUUCUCUUCUACGUUAACAGGUCCGGUUUUCCCAUCGAGAGCGUGACCUGGGAGAGGAUGUGGUCCCAUGUGGCUGCUGUGCACCCUGAGGGUCAGGAGAUGGUGGACAGGAUACAAAAUGCUGCAUACCUGCCCAAGCAUCCUAUCCCCUCGGUUCCAACCUUCAAACCGUCCAUGUCGGUCCCAGAUUGGCUGGUGGCCAUCCAGAACUACAUGAAGACUCUGCAAUACAACCACACAGGAACCCAAUUCUUUGAAAUCAAGAAGAGCCGUCCACUGUGUGGGUUAAUGGAGACAGCAAGAGAGAUGAUCAGAGAGUCUUUGCCAAUCAAAUGUCUCGAAGCCGUCAUCUUGGGAAUCUACCUGACCAACGGGCUGACGUCUCUCGAGCGUUUCCCCAUCAGCUUUAAGACCCAGUUUUCGGGCCACUGCUUCCACCACGUUGUGCUGGGCGUCUACUGCAAUGGCCGCUAUGGCUCACUUGGCAUGAGCCGCCGCCAGGACCUGAUGGACAAACCACUUACACACCGCACACUGGGAGAACUGGUGGCCGAGUUUGAGAGCUCCUACAAGAGAUACCAGCACACUCUGAAGAAGGUGAAGAUUGGCCUGUAUGUGCCUCACGACCCCCACGUCUUCCAGCCAGUCGAGUGGAAGCAUUUGGUGCUGAAUGCUGCCCGACUGGGAGCUCAGGAGAUGAGAAAGGAGCUGGAGAAACACGGACGGGACAUGAGGAUGAAGAUCCUUAAAUCGUCCAGUGCCCAGUCCCCAAUCAAGGAGCGGAGCCGGGGGAAAUCCUUAUCACCACGGCGACGACAGAGCAGCCCCCAGCGACGCUUCCCGCGCAGAGACAAAUCGCCAGCCUCAGUGGAGAGGAAACCUCCGGAGCUCAGCACUCUCAAUGAUGGCUACCAGAUCCGCAUCUGAUCUUCUACUUCACCUCCCAAUCAUCCCAAAUCCGUCCAACCUUCUCCGCCACCCUGAUCCUGAAAAGUCUCUACUUGCCACCAACGCAGGAGAGGAGUCCCUGCAGCUAGUGCGGUUUUAAACAGACAAAUUUAACACAAAAAUAUGUUUCCAAAACCUUUCUGCACUGGAACAGGAAGAACUUCUUUAAAGCCGAGGAAUCAGACAAAAAGAGGCUGGUCGGUCUGGUUUUUAUACCUGUUUACCCAAGCAAUGAAUCCUUGACAACCGCCUUAUCAUCACACACCUGAGAGUGGCAGCUCUGUAGCUGAAGCACUUACCCUGACCUGAGAAAAAAGAUCAGAAGAAGUGAUAUCAAUGUAUUUCUAGGUUAACAUUUCAUUUCAGCCGUUGUGUCCUUCGUGACAACAGAUGUAACCAAGUAUUUCUAUGACCCCCUCAGUGACAACGUGUCUCAGAAAAGAGCUACAACAUGGAGUGAGAGAGAAGAAAGGGUUAGGACAAAUAAGUGAACAUAUUCCUAUGUGAUCAAGAGACGGGUAGCUGUGAUGGAAGAGUGACAAC